AUGCCUACCACCAUCCUGAUCACGGGUGGAAACCGCGCGACGGUCCGCGACCUAUCCAACUCCGAGUCUCUGUCUGCUCUUCCUAAGGCCUCGGGAUCUAGCCUGUUAAUCGUCAAGCUUGAGAUAACGUCUGCAGACUCUAUAGCCGCCGCUAUAGAAACGUUGAAGAGGCACAACAUUGGUGCUCUCGACAUUGUCAUUGCAAAUGCUGGCAUCUCUGGGCCGACCAUCAGUCUGGUUGAAGCAUCCGUCGUUGAGCUCCAAAAGUACAUUGACGUGAACGCAUAUGGCCCGUUCGAGCUAUUCAAAGCUGUGCUCUCUCUUUUACGCUCUUCCAGUGCGGAGAACAAAGCGAAAUUUGUCUUGAUCUCGAGCGCCGGCGGAAGUUUGACGGCCAUGUACAACUUCAUGCCUAUCCCCGCGUACGGAGCGAGCAAGGCUCUAGCUAAUUUCCUUUUCAAAUGGCUGGCGCUAGACAAUAAGGAUGUGAUCAUUUGGGCACAAAAUCCCGGAAAUGUGGACACUGAUAUGGCUCGGGAUGGUCUCGAGCUCUCAAAGAGUUUAGGGUUCGAUCUAUCUUCAGUGUCCUUUGCCCCUCCCGAAGAAAGUGCGCGUGCAAUAAAGAAAGUGAUUGAUGGUGCGACUGCGAAGAUGAGCGGGAAGUUCCUCGACCAUGAUGGCUCUGAGUUGGCAUGGUAG